AUGCGACGACAGAGGAAGCAGAAGGAGAGUCGGCGGGAUAGCGUUAAGGAGGUUGCGGAGGAGGAAGACCUCGAGGAGGGUCCUAGACUAAAUGGGAGGAGGAUGUAAGUCGGGAUCCGCGAAGAAAGGGAUGGGCAGCGCGGAUUCUUGGGAGGGGGGAGGCGGCGGCGCGAUCGGGAUGUGGAACCGAGAGGAGGAGAAGGUCGGAGUGGUAACCAAUCAGGGUGACGACGUAAGAGCGGAUGAAGUGCAGGGGAAAGAACGCCAAGGCAACAGGGUAAGAAAUGCAGGUCGUGGAUUGGGAUCCGGACAAGGUGGGGAAGAAGAGAUUGCAAGGCAGGAAGAGGGGCUCAACGCGGAGGCAGGGGAACAGGUAGGGAUAGACGAGAUCAGGAUAAUGACGAAUGGCCUGAAUUAUGAGAGGGAUAGGGUAAAUGUGGAGAUGAAGGUGAUGGAGAGAGAGAGAGAGAGAGCGAUAAAGCGAGAAAGAUCGACAGACAGAGGAAGAGAGGAAAGGACAUACCAGAUCCACAGGGGCCACAUCGAGUGUUGGUGGAGUGGGAGCUCGAAGACGCUCGAAGACGAUCCAGGAGAGAGGCGACCGUUACAGGACAACGAGAGAAGAGGAUGCGAAAAGCGGAUCGGUGGGGGAAAGAUCGGGAGGGGAGCGGAGGGCACAAGUUGGACAGGCGGAACGGAGGCAGUGGAGAAGGAAGAAAGGAGGAAUGCGAGUGAUAAGAGUGAUAGGGAGGGGAUCAAGAAGGAGAUCCAGAAGGUGGUAGAGAAGAGGGCGAUGGUGGCUGAGGCCUUUGAUGGCGGCAAUGUGGGUGAGAGCCUGCUUAAUGCAGUUGAAAACCGAGCUGGAAUGUCAUCUGAGGUCAGUGUCCUCGUCGAUGAUCUGAAUCAUUUGAUCGCUUUCUCAAAACAGACCGAUGGGCGGAGGAAUCUUGGGUGCCUUGGAGCCAUCUCACGACUAGUGCGAGUCCUGCGGGUGUUGCUUGCACGGAGUGCGCGUUUUCUGGAAUGGAUGGAAUCCAUGGAAUCCACAUCACAAUCAUCUGGCGAUUCUCCGGAGGAGGAGCAUGAUGGACUUGAGCUCUCUCAAGACUUGGUUGAGAAUGUAAAAGGUGAAAGAAAUGCCAGAUUGUUGUCGCCAUCGCCAGAGCUCAAGUCCAUCAUGCUCCUCCUGCGCGUCUUGCGGAACCUAUGUGCAGGUGUUGCUGUCAAUCAAGAUGCCUUCCUUGCGUGUAAUGCGCAUGUUGUAAUCGCCAAGGAGUUGAUGAUGCCUCUUGUUCGUGCCCUUUCACAGACUGCAGGAUGCCAACCUGGAAGAGGAACAGACUUGGCUGCCGUCCUUCCCCCUGGGCAGGUUUGUGGUCCCCACAGCUCUCAGCAAACUAAUGGAACCCUUCUUGGUACCCUUGCGGACCGGGGAAAGAGUGGAGCUGGUCCUUCUGGUCCAAUUUUGGACCCUGAGGUUGUGAAGGAUGUGCUUCGAGCUGGCUUACAAGCUUUGGGAAACUUUGUCGGCGGUGGCGAUGCCCACAAAGACGCGGUGUUUCGGAAUGUCGUGAUGGAUGGAAUCCUGACCUCUGUAGCAAGAGUCCUGCCUGACAACAAGGUCCAGGAUCCCUUGUGCAUGAUCCUAUACAGCUGUUGCUUCUCCAGUCCAGAGCGCAAGCGCCAACUCUGCCACACUGCGGAGGGGCGUAAGCUGAUCAGAUUGCUUUUGCAGGCCUUUCUGUUGGACGUCAAUGGCUAUUCGACCAUGGAAAAUAGAGAUGGAGGGGGUGCUCCCCUGUCUGAGCAGCCUCCCGCGGCAAGUACUGCAGGAUCAGUGUCACCGCCGAGCGAGUGCCCUCGCGAGGAACAGAGCAUGGCAGUCAGCGAUCAGAGACUGCAGAACGGCAGCGCUCAUGGUGGUGGGGAAUGGUUAGAUCUCCUUGUUCAGUCUUUGUGUGUCGACGAUGUGCAUCUUGGAGUACUGUUUCAAGCUCUUGCGGAUAAGACCUGUGGCAGGGAUAACGACAAUCUCCCUACGGAAGAAAGGUUGACCCCACCGGCAACGCACUUUACGCCGGAACAAGUCGGACUGGUAAUGAUUGUCUGUGAAAUAGUGAUUGACAGGACAGAGCCAAGUAAGUCUUCCAGCAGCCAGACUGCCGACGAUAAGCAUGUAGGGUCUGCCAUAGCCAUCCUUGAGGAAAACCUAUCCUUCAUUCUGACACUUGUGAGGCAAACAGUUGUUCGUGUUGGCGAAAUUGAGAGAGAGCGCACAUCUUCUCCACUUGAAGAUCGAUCGCAGAUCGAGAAAUCGCAGGAUGCACCUGCCCAGCAACUGCUGACAGGGGUGAUUGAGGUCGACCUGCUUGGGUUGGGAUUAAGGAUCCUGAGGGCGCUGUCUGCUCUUGACAUACGCCAUGAACAUAAUGGCCAAGCAAAUCGAGCGCAUGGCCAAGAGAACGCUGAUGUGAGUAAUAGCAAGGUUUGUGCUCAGCAAAGUCCCACCCCAAGAGAUGCAGGGGUUGGACCUGACGAUGUGUACGAUAGACCCGGUUCGAUGUCCAAGCGAGGGGUGAUACCCCUUUUGCUCGAGAUGCUGCAGGCAUUACGGCCGCCAAGUGGAAUUCGAGCUGCGAGAAAGACGGAAGAUGAUUCCGCGGGAGGAGGCGAGAGGAAUGCGCGCGAUUGUGAUGAUCGAGCUGGUGCGGGGAAUGGGCUCACCACUCUGCCGCAAGAACAGCGCUUGGGUUUGGGAAGGUACCCCCAUAAAGACCCUUUUAGAGGUUAUCGCCGUGAUUUGGUGGCAAUCAUUGGGAACUUGUGCUUCCGACGAAAGUAUAACCAGGACCUUGUAAGGCAAAAUGGGGGUCUUUUGACGAUGCUACAACAAUGUGUGACCGAUGACGACAAUCCAUUCCUACGUGAGUGGGGGUUCUGGGCUAUGCGGAAUCUCAUCGAAGGAAAUGAGGAGAAUAGAAAAGAACUAGAAGGGCUCGAGGUGCAAGGGGCAGUGCAGACCCCUGAGUUGGCAUCCUUGGGCCUGAAAGUUGAAGUUAAUGAGCAGACAAGACGCCCAAAACUGGUAAAUAUAGGCGCAGGGGAAGGGCAAGUGUCUCCCCAGUAGCCGGGUGUUUGUCGGUUAGGUAUGGGUAAUCAUUAUCAAUCAGGUAGCAAUGCUAAUCAAGAGGGUGACAAGGCAGCUGGUGUGAAUGACUGCGGCGUGGUGUGUCGCGGUGGCCCUCUCUUCAUUUUGGCCUUAUAGCUGUCUGAUGAGACUGGAAGCUGAACGGAUCGACAGGUUGCCCAAAGCAGGGAAGUCCCAAAGCAGGGAAGCCAUUCACUGUCGGCGAUCAAAUAGAUAGGAUGUAGGCAAACUAAGUAGUCUUUAGAGUUGACAUGGGCCUGUACUUCUUUCCCUGAAUACAAGGCACCCUCAUCAUGACUGUAGAAAGCCGGAAGGAUGAACUUGUAUAUAUUCAUGGCGAGGGUGCGUUGUGCUUUGGGGAGAAUGCUAGCGCAGCAAAGUCCUCGUCACACCACUCUCGAAGCUUGAAACAUCCAGAAUUUGGCAUGGCCACACAGCCUCAGGAAAUUCUGAUGAAAAAGAAGAGUUUGGGAUGUCAGAAAAAUCCGUACUUUGUGAGACUCUCAAGACACUGGAUGCCUCAAAUCCAGCUUCCAACAAAACGGUAGCACAGGUUGCACACUGGAGCGGCUCCAGUGUUUCCAGAGGGCCACUUACCUCGGCCAUUUCAGGAGGCCUCCACCUGGAUCUUGAAAAAACCCUUUUGCUUUCGAGCGUCGACCUGAGGUUGGUACGGACAAGGGUUUGCCCGGUUCUCUGCGCUCGUGUGUCCUUUCCCGGAGGACGCUUGAGAGGAACUGGUUCGAGAAGUUGUAGCGGAGGGCUGAAUUCUCAUGAAAUAGGGGCUCUCGAAAAUUUCUGUUGACGCAGCACGAAAUGUUUCCAGAUUUCUGAGUGGUAUGGCGAGCGCCUUAGAGAUGAGUCCACUGCGUGCCAAUUUCUC